UGGGAACGAGUAAAACAUUUGAGUGCAGCGCCAUCUUUACCGCGAAUGGUAUCAAAAGGCAACAUGUGCUUAUAUUUAAAGUGACCAAAACGACACAUAUGUAACCAUUUAAGACAAGACCAUCGACCUGCACGUUUGAUAUACUUUGACUGACAGGUUUAACUUCUAGAAAAUACUUUCAUCAUGAUGCCAAGAAUGCGAAUGCCAAUGAGAGCACCACAUCCCAUGGGUCCUGGACCCCAUGGCCCUGGAGGUCAUCCAGGGGGUCCUCAUGGUCCCCCAAUGCCUCAUCGUGCUCCUCACAUCCCACCACAUGGCCGUCCUGGACCACCAGGACACAUGGCUGGACCUCCACGCCAAUCUAUGGCACCUCCUAUGGGUCAGGCAAGUGUAGGUAGUGUCACAAAUGAUCCUUCUACAGCUGGAGCCAGGGUGUUUGUGGGGAACCUCAACACAAUAGCACUCUCCAAGGAGGAAGUCGAGGGAAUCUUCAAACGUUACGGGGCAGUGACAGGACUGUCAAUGCACAAAGGAUAUGCCUUCAUACAGUAUGCUAGACAGGCUGAUGCUAGGAGAGCAUGUAUCAAUGAAGAUGGGAAAAUGUAUGCCAAUCAGACCCUAGAUAUAAAUAUUGCAUCUGAACCAAAACAUCGGCAAACAACCCCCACAAAUGUUACCAAGAAGACAACCACAUCUUUUCAGAGUUCUACAGCUAAAUCUACGGGAAUAAGUCGAAGCUUAAGUGGAGGUGGACCUCCAGCAAAAAAAAUGAGGACGGACACACAGAUUAGUGGUGGUAUUAAGAGGACAUUGGUGAGUCUUACCUCUGGAGAUAUGGGCACUGCAGCCAAGACAGGUCUCAAUAAGAAUUCAAAUGCUUCAACCUCCAAUUCCAGCAAGGUCGUUAUUGGAAAAGAUGUGCUGAUCUGUGGUGUUUGUAAAAGUCAGUUUGCUAGUCUCCACAGUCUAGCUCAACACAAGAAGACACCAUGUCGUCUCCGGUUCUCCUGUAUAUGUAAAAAUGCACCACCUCCAGAAAGUCCAGAACCAGCCAUCUUAUUCUGCGCUCACUGUGAUGCUCAGUUUGCAGCAUGUUGGGACCUUGUUCUUCAUGCACAACAAGAACACAGUCUAUCCAUUUACAAACAGGAAGGAGAGGAAAACACAGAGGUAGUUGUUGAGGAGGUGUUGGUAGCAGAUGGAGAGGGAGAAGUCAAUGGCGAGUGAGCAGAGGAUGUAUCGUCCCUGAGGGUGAGGAAGGCUUCACUGUUUAUUGUCAAAACUUCCUUUUACAGUCUUGGCCAGUGGCAAACAGAUGCACAAGACUAACAAGGGAGGUAAUGAGGACCUGGGAUCUACAUGGCCACAUGCCAAUUGUUGCAAUUAUUUUUCAUUGUUUGAUAUGAACACUUUGUUCAAGGUAUCUGGUAUCUAGGUGUAUUGUAUAUUUUGCAUAAUUACGAUAUGUUGUUACAUCUGCACCCUUGUUACGUUUAUGAGUAGAGAAGGAUAGGGUGAAGGUGGCGUUGCGAUUAUGUUUUAUCAAUGCUAUUAUAACAUUGUAGUGUAUGAAUUUCAAUAUGAGCAUUUGUUUUUUCCAAAAUUUGAUUUAAUUUGAAUUCUCUGAUAAUUUCUUUGUAAGAUUUGUCCAUUACUUAAGCUGUAGUAUGAACUCUGUUUUAAUACAAAUCCAGUAUCUCUAUAGAGAACAUACAAUACCAUAUUGUUGUUGUGCUAGUAUGAAAGGAAAUUUUUGUUAAAACUUUGGCCAUUAAAGACAAAGUAUCGCCAUCCUUUACCUUGAAGGAAUAUCAUGAAGUGUAUACAUGUAUUAAUGUUAUGUAUAUACAUUUGGUGUAUUCAUAGCUUGGGUAAAUCAUGUGGAUAUAGUUAUGUUCAUUUAUCAUGUCAUUUUACCUGUAAAUGUUUGUAUCUCACCUUGAAAUCUUAUUGUUUGUAAUAUGUAUAUAUGUACAUCUCCAACCCUAGAAUCCUGUUGUUGCCCACCAAGAAUUAAAAACACACUAAUGGAGUCUAUACUGAAAUAAUAUUAGUUAUUGUAUAAAUCUGACCAAUUACAAUGUAUAUCAUCAGAGUUGAGUUUGGUGAGCUAUAGCAUUAGUCUUUGGUAGUCAUUCAGUCUUUUAAUGAUGAUAAAUCCCAGAUGUUCAUUUCGUUGAUACAGAUAUCAAGCUUGUUUAUUCAUUUAUCUAUAGUGAAUUCAAAGUUCAAUGACAUUUCAUAUAUUGACAAUGAUUUAUUGAUUUAUGAUAAAUUUUAUUGAUUGAUCAACUAUUGAUUAUUGGUUAUUUACCUAAAGUAGUUAUUUAGCAUGAAUCUCACAAUCAUCAGUUUAAAAUCAAAUAAUUGAAUUAUAUUGAUACUGAUUUUUCAAGCUUUUCUCAUUAGCGCAGGCAGGAAGGUGUUGUGAAAAAGCAGACAUUCAGUUUGUGAAUUUUGUGUAAAAAGAUUUUGCAAAAAAAUAUAAAUUUGAGAAAUUGAACAUUUGAAUGGCUUGAAUUUUUGUAUCAGUUCCAAUUAUUGCCGCAUAUAUUAUGUACCCUUUGUUCUAUGAAUCUUUUGUCAAGUAAAUUUUGAUUAAUGUACUUGUUAACAUAAUUUUUUUCUCAAAUAAAAUAACAUCUAGGGACAAUUA